AUGGGGGCAGGAGAGGAAGGCAGGGAGUGCGGAGAACGGCGCCAGAAAGGGCGGGGCCAGCGGCGGGCCUUUCCGACCGGCGCAGAGGCGCAGCUGUUCGAAAGAGAAGAUUCCCCCGUGCUCUUCGCCAGGCAGCUGGGGGCAUCGGCCACCGCUCUCUCGGCUCCCUGGUUCCGCGGGGACGAGGGCGAGGUCCGCGAGGACCUGCUCCGUGCGAAUCGAGGUGAAGGAGACCUCGGCCCUGCACCCGCGGCUGGCGAGGCUGUCAGGGUCCCUCUUCUCGGCUUCGACACUGCUGCGGGCCCUCUGACAGGCCCAGGGCCUACAGAGUGCUUGGGAUGGAAAAGCCCACAGGCAAAAAAAAAUAAGACCCGGACCCCAGAGGCAGAAGUGCACGUGCAGAAGGACACUGCCAAGGAAGAGAAGGCAUCUGGGAAAGAAGAGCCAAACCAGAGCCCCACUUUGGCCCAAAAGCACAGGAAGGAAGCCCGCCUCAGUCCUGAGAAUGAGGAGCACAUGUGUGAGGCCUUUGAUGCUUCGUUUAAAGAUGACUUUGAGGGAGUUCUGUUCACUCGCUUCCAGAGGAAGAAGUCCUAUGAAUGCAGCGAAUGCGGGCGCAUCUUUAAGCACAAGACGGAUCACUUUCAUCACAGAGUCCACACUGGAGAGAAGCCCUUCCGGUGUGCCCAGUGCAGGAAGACUUUCAGGCACAGCUCUGACGUGACCAAGCACCGGAGGAGUCGCACCGGAGAAAAGCCCUGUAAAUGUAGUGAGUGCGGCAAAGCUUUUAACUGCAGUUCCAAUCUCCUGAAACAUCAGAAAACCCACACUGGAGAGAAGCCAUAUGGAUGUAAGGAGUGUGGGAAGACCUUUGCCUACAGCUCAUGUCUCAUUCGCCAUCGGAAACAUCACCCACGGAAGAAGCAGACCCUUUGCCCACUGUGUCCCGAGUCCAUCUCUGUGCAGCCUGGCAGGAGGCCUGUGUCCCUGGGCUGGACAGCAGUGCUUCUGCAGUGAGCACCGGGGACCCCACUGUCCCCCCCACCUCGGCUGGCUGUGCCGGCAGUGGGGUGCUUUGUCCUGGUGCCUUCCCUCCUCUGCUGGAGCACCAUUCCUUGAACUUGGCUCCCAUCCCCAGGAACUGGACUCCCUGUGUGUCUUCCCGGCUCAACCACCAUCCCAGCUGAGCAGCCUGGCUUACCAGGUGGACCACUCAGGACACUAAAUGCUGCCACCAUGGGCACUUCCUGCCCUGGCCACGUCGGCUCUGGGAUCUUGAUGGCAGCUUGGAUCCAGCUUUUGCCUGCAUUGCAGCUUUUCAGACACAAGACAGAAGGCCAGCUCUCCGUUCAGGGCCAAUGAUGGGUUGCCAGAAACAGACUGACAGAUGGAGAUCUUGCUGGCAAAUACUUCCCUCCGGGUUGUGGCCCAAAGGUGCUCCAGCAGCUCAUAGACAGCAGCAACAAAAAUGGCAUUUUCUGGCAAGUUGAAGAUGUGCUUACCUGCUGACCCAGAAACAUCACUUGCU